UUAAUGUUUGACCAUGUUUUAAGUAAAUUGCAAACUAUUAGUUUGCUCAAUUAGUGUCUUAUUGAAUAAUGAACAGUAUUGCAAGUAAUGUGGACUCCUGCACCAAUGAAAUCCUAGAUUUGGUUUGAUUUAUCAACAGGUUAUGCAUAAUGCUCCUCAAAGUGGAAUACCAUGGACUUAGAAAGUACCUAAAACUACAGCCUGGAUUUUCAUAUGGAAGUUUCAUUGAAGAAGUCAAGAACAAAUUUGGGAUCCCUCUAUCAAUUGAGUUGCUGUUCCUUGAUGACUCUGAUACUGUGGUGGAUGAAGAAGUAAUCCAUGACAUCCUUGAAGCCAACCCAAACAUAUGUCUGUUGGCCAAAGAUGUUGAAGAAUUUACACCAACAGGUUCUUCUACACCAAACUCUUCAAGAGAUGCUCAGUCGCUUGAUGUAGAAAUGUCAUCUUUGAGCCAGGCACAUCAGUCCAGUGUUGCAGAGGGCGCCCACACUUUUGCCGCAGAUGAUGCUGCAGAAAUGGCCAAAAAGAUAGUCCAGGAGGCUCUGGAGAAGAAUGCUGGCGGAGAAGAUGUAAUGGAGGAGUAUAGAAGAUCCAAGACCUUGACACACAACACAAGAAGACAUCUUGUGAAUAUCCUUGUCAGCCACAUGGUUGAAAAACAUGGCAGAAUCCCAGUUCGAAUGCAAAGAGAAAAAUACGGACUUGGCAUUGUGACCCUGUUUCCAAAUCUCAGGGAUCCUUUCUCCACCAAAGGCUAUGAACACUUCUAUGAUGGUGCAAGUGGAACUGGCUACCUGGCAUGGCGCCUAAAAGCUGUGCAGAGAAAAGUUACAAAAAGGUCGGAGAACAGCCCUCAAGGAGCCUUGCAGGGAGGACCCUGCCUGAAGAGGAGUUUCACAGCAGAGCAACAGGCAGAUGGUGAUGCAGUCAGAGAAGCCAUAUCGUUACUUCUACAUUCCAGUGAUGAUUCAGUGAUCCGCAGCAAGAUGAGGGAGACGUUUCAGCAUCGUCAUCAGCUUGUCCAUAAUCCAGAGAUGACCACUGAAGUCCUAAAAAUGUAUCCAAGAUUUUUGGAUGUGAAGGGAUUGGUACGUGUAUCUGCUAAUAUGUGCACAUAA